AAGUUUACAGAGCGUCGACGGACUUUCAGCGAGUUCACUGUUUGCUAUUAGAGCAAGCAAGUAAGAUCGCUCUAGGAAGAACACUUGCGCUAUCACUGCUGUAAGGUGAUAAACAUACCUACUAUUCCCAACUGCUUUUCUACAGCAUAUUAUACAUGCAAAUACAUCGAAGUCGCACGUUUUCUUGAAAAAGAAAACAAGGCAAUUGAACUACCUUGAUUUUUGGUUGUAAUUGCAGCCGCAUUUAUAGGAGUGAGAUGGAUGUUAUUCCUAUGUGCAGCAUCUUUCAGGAGCUCCAGAUAGUACAUGACACCGGAUACUUUUCAGCUUUACCAUCUCUUGAGGAGUACUGGCAGCAGACAUGUCUGGAGUUGGAGCGUUACCUCCAGAGCGAGCCCUACGUCUCGGCCACAGACAUCAAGUUUGAGACGAGUCAAGAGGAUCUCUGGAGCAAACUGAUCCUGGCCUGCGGGGACAAGGCCGAGUCCGACCCAAAGAUCCACACUCACAUUAAGGAGGAGGACAAUCAAGAGGCCAACAGCUUUAACUCCGACGCCAGCAGUGAAGCGUCUGACAGCUCCGAGGAGCUCUCACCUCCCCUCGACUUCACCUCCAACCCACUAAGUGACAUUAUGGGAGAGGGAGAGGACCUGAGUUCCAUGGUUAUCAGCACUCCGCCAUCUUCUCCUGAGGUGAACAAGGAGGCCCCCUCCAUAUCCUCCCAGGUGUGGAGCGGUAUACAGACAGUGAUGCACUCGCCAGGGAAAAUACGGACAGGGGGCAUUGGUGGACGAACGGUGGAGAGGGGAAGCUUAGCCAAUGGGGAGGCUUCUCCAGACGGGAGGAGGCGGGUCCACAGGUGUCAUUUCAACGGAUGCCGAAAGGUUUACACGAAAAGUUCCCACUUGAAAGCACACCAGCGUACACAUACAGGUGAGAAGCCUUACAGGUGCUCAUGGGAAGGCUGCGAGUGGCGUUUUGCACGGAGUGAUGAGCUAACCAGACACUUCAGGAAGCACACUGGGGCAAAGCCAUUUAAAUGCAGUCACUGUGACAGGUGUUUCUCUCGCUCGGACCAUUUGGCGCUUCACAUGAAGAGACACAUCUAAGCGGUGGGCCCCGGGGCAGAGGAGAGCAGAGCGGUGUUGAGCGAUGGUCCUGACUGUCUCCUAACCUGUCUGUGGGGAGGCUGCAGUGCCCUGAGAGGGGAGAAAGGCUCGCGAGGGGAGCGUGCUCCAGUGAAAAGCAUGCAGGCCAUUUUUGCACCAUACUUAGUGCCUCCAAGACCUCUCAGAGGAAAGAGCUCUGAAAGGUCGACACAUUCUGAAAAAUAUCACGAAAACCACCAUGGAUGAAGGAGAAUUAAGAAAUUCACUAGAGAGAGGAGAAAGAAAAUAUCUGAGAGGACAAGAAAGAACGUUUUUUUCUCUGUAUGGUGUCUGAUGCUUUGCGGAGUUAGUUUCUGGUUUGAAAAUAUGCAGUGGUACUACUCCAAUAAACGUGUGUUGUUUUCUGUGAGCAUGUGGACUGACUGACUGUGAGCCUGCUGUCAGACUGCCUGUGACUGGGUGCCUGUCUUAGAAUGCCUGUAACUGGGUGCCUGUCUUAGAAUGCCUGUAACUGGGUGCCUGUCUUAGAAUGCCUGUAACUGGGUGCCUGUCUUAGAAUGCCUGUAACUGGGUGCCUGCCCUGUGGAUGUACGACUCCUGAGUAGAUGGCUUGUGUUGUGACCUGAAUGGCAUUGAGGGGAUGAUGAGUUUUUGACUGAGGUUUUAUUGUCUCGUGGUCAUGAAUGAAUGCAAGCAAAGGAGUUGUUGUGCUCUUGUGUGGAGCGCUGGUUGAGUCUAGGCUGGGUUUGGCAGUGUGUGUGCGUCUCAGCCGUCAGUUUUGAGGUUUGAGAGAGAGCACCACCAUCCGAACUGAGGUGGUACAUGCUCCUAAACGAGGUUUGGGGAGGGGAGGGGGGUUGAUGUUUGGUGCAGCUAUUAAAUGUGCAAUGUAUUAAGUAGCUUGUCUCAAAGUACAUGCUACAAAGCUAAUUUGUUGUCCAUUGUGUAAGCUCAGUAUCUAAAGGCUGUACACAACAUUGAUAUAUCAUUAUACCAGAAGUUGCAUGAUCUUGGGUUUGUUUGUCACUCGAUUAGGCCUACUUAUAACACAGGCAAAUCCCAAUAAUGAGCAGCUAUGCAUCCAUUUUACUCCGUAGAUACCACAGUAUUGUACAGAAACAUAAAGCAGUGAUGUAUUUGUUUCCUUCUCUUCUUUUCUAUGUUUGGAGAUACCACUAUUGCUUGGCAACUGUGUUGAUCAUGGGAUAGUUUUAUUUAUAUUCAGUUUAAUAACUCAUUUCUUUAUGUCUGUCCUCUUGCUCUCCUCUUUUUCUAUAUCUGUAAAUACACUGUGACCUUAAUGAUGCCUUAUGUAAGUGGCCUUGUCCAGAUAAAUAGAUCACUCACGGGGGGGAGGAGGGGGGGGUUAAAUGCGGUAGUGUGUGAUUGAAUAGCUUUAUUAAGGCUCCGAUUCAUAUGGUUGCACCUUUUUCCCUUUGUCUAGAAAUGAUGGUUGGUCUGAAGACUCUCGAAUAAAAGUUAAGCUUUAUACUUAUUGACA